CUUAAGGCUGUUUUUACAUACAGCUCAUAGUAAAGUGCUUCAAACAGGGCCAGCUGGAUCUAACAGGUGUGUUAACGAGAGCAAUCAGAGACAACAUGGAGGUCUCUUUGUCUCUUCGGCACACCCGGAUUCAGGCAGCAGCACCACCAGCUGGGGGGGGGGUGUUACCUAAAGUCACCUGAUGCAGGUCACAUGACUGCCACCAUUGAGUAAAGCAGCUGUUUGGACUGUUCACAGAGUCACAUUUCAAGCAGAGAACACAGAGAAGAGAAGAACACACAUGAAGAGAUGGAGGGUUAUUAAAGGCAGGAGCACAUGCAGGCUGAAGCGGAGGAAACACAGCAUGUCUACAAGCUAUCCCACUCCCAUUUACUCUCACGCCGGACGAGGAGACUUCACAGAUGUUUACGAGCCAUCGGAGGACUCAUUCUUGUUAAUUGAUGCUCUGGAGAAAGAUGCAGAGAGGAUACAGCAGAUAAGCCCAUGUGUGUGUUUAGAGGUCGGCAGCGGCUCAGGAGUUGUAUCUGCAUUCCUGGCAUCCCUGGUUGGAUCUUCAGCUUCUUAUCUUUGCACUGAUGUGAAUCUUGUAGCAGCACAGUGUACAGCAAAGACAGCUUCCUGUAACAGUGUUGCACUGCAGCCUGUCAUCACAGACCUGGUGGAGUGCCUCUUGCCCAGGUUGAGUGGGAAAGUGGAUGUCCUCCUUUUCAACCCUCCCUAUGUGGUCACACCUUCAGAAGAGGUUGGCAGUACUGGGAUAGAAGCUGCUUGGGCCGGGGGGAAGCAAGGCCGAGAGGUGACUGAUAGAUUCCUGCCUCUGGUGUCAAAGUUGCUGUCCAGUAAAGGGCUGUUUUACCUCAUUACUAUAGCUGAGAAUGAUCCAGAGGAGAUCCUCCGAUUACUUGGAAAUCAUGGUUUGAAAGGAGAGUCGUUCCUGUCUACAAGAGCUGGGAAUGAAAGGCUGUCCGUCCUGCGCUUCCACAGGAGUCAACAAACGUGAACUGAAAACUGAAGUCAGUGGAAAGGAUUUUUCCUUUAUCUAAUUGGGCA